AAAUGAGUCCAGAGAGCUUACUUUUUAUUUUUAUUUUUAAUUCUCUCACAAAAUCUUCAUUCGUUCUCAAAUGGAAACUCCAUACCCGAAACUCAUCAUUCCAUCGAAGACUCGAAUCGGAUGGAUCGGAAUCGGAAUAAUGGGAUCGGCCAUGGUCUCUCAUAUCCUCGACGCAGGCUAUUUGGUCACCGUCUACGCUCGCGACCUCCGUAAGUCAAAGGAUCUGCAAACCAAAGGAGCUCGCACCGCCAAUACCCCCAAAGAGCUAGCGGAGACGAGCGACGUUGUCUUCACGAUGGUUGGAAACGCUAACGAUGUCCGAUCGCUGCUUCUCGGUUCCGAUGGUGUACUCUCGGGACUCAAACCCGGCGGAGUAACCGUGGACAUGACUAGCAGCCAGCCAGCACUGGCGCGUGAGAUAUACGCGGAGGCGAGACGAAGGAAUUGCUAUGCGAUUGACGCGCCGGUAUCGGGUGGCGACGCCGGAGCACGAGAGGGGAAGCUGACGAUUUUCGCCGGCGGAGAUUCCGAGAUCGUGGAGUGGUUGUCUCCGGUGAUGAAGAACAUGGGAACUGUGAGGUAUAUGGGAGCGGCGGGGAAAGGGCAGAGCUGCAAGAUCGGGAAUCAGAUCUGUGUAGGAAGCAACAUGGUGGGACUCGCGGAAGGGAUGGUGUUCGCCGAGAAGGCGGGUUUAGAUCCAGUGAAGUGGCUCGAGGCGGUGAAGGACGGUGCAGCUGGAUCGGCGGUUAUGCGGUUGUUCGGGGAGAUGAUGGCGGAGAGGGAUUAUAAGGCGACGGGGUUUGCGGAGUAUAUUGUGAAAGAUUUGGGAAUGGCGGCGGAGGAAAGUGACGUGGCGGCGAUGCCUGGUGCUGCUCUGAGCAAACAGUUGUUCUCUGGAAUGGUGGCGAAUGGAGAUGGCAAGUUAGGGAUUCAAGGCGUCGUCUCUGUUAUUAGAAGACUUAACGGCAUUUCCUGAUUAACAGUAUUAACACUUUUUGUUAAGUGUUUUUUGGUUAAAUUAAGCAAACUUGUCUUCGACUUGGUGUGUAGAAUUUGUGAGAUAUGAAAGGUUACAGGAAUAAACAUCAAAAGUGUGUUCGCACUAUGAAAGAUUACAAAA